AUGGAGUGCAUUGCACGAGUAUGUCGGGCCAUCGUCACAGCUUGCGACACGAUCGCGGCCGCCGCGCUGCUCGUCAGGGAGUCCGCGGAGGCCCUCAGGGUGGCCGCGGAGUCGGCCCGGAACGAGCCGACCCCGACGCCGGACGACGUUGGGGUGGAGGCAGAGCAGGUGCGGCCGAGCGCACCUGACGAGUCGUACAUGCGGCCACCCGCCGACCACGACGGCUCAGCCGCCACUUCGGAUGACCGGAGCGAGUGCGUGAUCUGCAUGGAGCCGUACGAGGCCGGCGGCGACCGGUGCCGCGUCCUGCCGUCGUGCGGCCACAUGUUCCACAGGCGCUGCCUCAGGACGUGGCUGCGCACCAGCAGCACUUGCCCGCUCUGCAGGGCAUCCACAGAGCCGGCGCCGGCGCACGUCCGGCGGGCAACUCCGGUGUAG